AUGACUGAAAAAACCCAUCUUGGAUCAAGCAACGAUGGAGAUGCGAAGAGUUACGAACAGGAGCUCGAAGAACUCAAGAAGAAAGAUUCAGUUGUACCAAGCUGGGGCCAAGUUUCUCCUCAGUCUCUAGUUGGCAGAUGCCUCAAGAUAAGAAUGCCUGGCGAAGACCAUUACACUGCAUUCCAAAUCAAAGACUAUGACGCGGAAACGGAAAUGCAUCACCUGGUGACUCCGUGCGAUUGGAUUGAUAUCAGACAUAUUCCGGCAGAAGAUACUGUAUGGCAAGAUGGACAUCCCGGGUUCCCAGGACUGGUUAAACGCUCGAGGAAUGUUCCAAAGGCUUCUGAUAACGAGAAUGUUACUGCCGUAGAAGGCCAUCCAUCGGAAUCGCGUGUGGCAGAGAGAAUUUCGAUUCUAUCAAGCCUGAUGAAAGAGUGGAACAGUGAUAGCGGAACUCAAGCCCCUAAAUCUAAUGAGAAUACCAAUGAGAAAAGUCUCGUCGAUCUCCAGAGUGAAGCUUAUUACAUGGUUCUUCAUGCCUUCAGUGGAGAAUCUCCACAAGUAUCCAGGUCAAGGAUUAUGAUCGUGCAAGACCUGAAGAAAGAAUGGAACAUUUCUCCUGAAGCUCAUACUGCUUUGGUGAAUAAAAUCAAAACUGAACCACUGGUUCAACGAUGGAGGAAUGUUCGAAACGCAUUGAAACUUAAAAUAGAAAUCAUCAAACUUCAGAGGGAAGCUUUUUACGGUCUUGUCCAGGCGUUCAAAGCAGAAUCUGGUACACUAGUACCCGAGCCAAGGCGUUUGCUCGUGAAAGAGCUGAUCAAAGAAUGGAACCUUUCAAAUGAAACCAUAACCAAAUUGAGCGAGAAACUCAAAACUGAUACUCAGGUUCAAAAAUUUAGGAAUCAAGCACUGAAUCUUUCGAGCGAUAAAACGAGACUCAACGAACUUCAGAGGCAAGCUUUUUACGGUCUUCUUCAAGCAUUCAAUGCAGAAACUGGUACACAAUCCGAGCCAAGGCGUUUGCUCACGCAAGACCUGGCCAAAGAAUGGAACCUUUCGAAAGAAACCAUAAUAGAGUUGGAGGGGAAAAUCAAAACGGAUGCAGUGGUUCAAAAAUUUAGGUUUCAAAAUCAAAAGGCUUCAGAUGAGACGGAUGCACCUUUGAACAAGGACGAGAAAGAAGUACUUGAAAUUCUUGAAGUGCUCAAGACCACGGCCAACAACACGAAUAUUGCUCACAACCACGGUGAAGAUGAUGGUAGAUCUGAUGGUGAGGAGAUCGAAGACAGGAGGCGACCAAAUCCCUUGGAGAUGUUCGGUAGAUUCUCUCCGAAGAGGCCAAGAACAAAACGGGAAUAA